AUGAUUUCAAAGCAUAUAUUCCCCACUGUCCUUCAGGUCCCAGCCAUCAAGAAGAUCAUCCUAGCAUUCAACAGCCCCCGAAGGACAUACUUCAAACUUCUGUCCGCCGACUCCCCGACAUUCUGUUCGUUCGAAGAAAAUCUUGCUCCAAGUUCAUUCGACGAUAUACAUAAAGAUCCUAUAGCAGCAGCAACUCAUAAAGCGGUGGAGGUUUACGAGCGGUUGGAGCAAGACCCGAACCACAUGCCAGACAUAGUGACCAAUGACAACCUGCAAAUGUUGGAUCUCAAUGAGGUGUAUCCCAUCCUCUCAGCACCGCGAUACGCCAUCAAAUCCGUUAUUGACGAGUGCUCGUUAAUGUACUCCGCCGGCAAUCCAAAACAUCUCGUUGAAGCCUAUGCCGAUAGCGGCGAAGGCGGAUUUGGCGGCCUCUCGAUACGAGAAAUUGAGGGUGAUUAUAACAGUGUUGUCGGGUUUCCAACUGCAUCUUUCUUCACGCUCUUGGACCUUUUGGUUGAAAAACCUGAUUUUCUGGAUGUAUAA